AGCAAAACACCACAUUAUUAUCAUAUUAUAUAUACUACAAGAUCAUUCGAAUUAUCAUUCACAAGUAAAACACCACAAUGUUUCCGCAAUUGACACUAAUCUUUCUUUUCUCUCUUGUUGUAAUCCACCCCCUUCAUGUCUCAGCCAAGACAUGGUGUGUGGCAAAUACAUCUGCAGCACCUACACAACUACAAGCUAAUAUUGAUUAUGCAUGUAGCGAAGGAAAAGUUGAUUGUGUAAAAAUCAAUCCCGGUGGAGUUUGCUUUGAUCCAGAUACUGUUCUUAGCUAUGCAUCAUUUGUGAUGAAUGAUUUCUACCAGAAUCAUGGGAGCACUGAAGAGGCGUGUAAUUUUAGUGGUACUGGUCAAAUCGUUACUGUUGAUCCAAGUUAUGGUAGUUGUGUGUAUACAUAGAAUACAUGGUUUGAUGAAUGAUUUUGUGAUUGCAAAGUUUUCUUAGGAAGAAUACAAUUAUGCCGAAUAAAAAGUAGUUUUAAACAUUAUGUAAGGUUAAGAAAAAGUAAUGUUAUUUUUCAUUCAGUUUUAGUCAUAUGAAGUGUUUUUAUCUGGAUAAAUUUGGCAUUAUAUUCAAUAUUUCAUGUGAUUCUCUCAUACAACUAA